CAUUUCCGCUGUGACUGCUACAUUUUCCCCCUUCGCUUAGUCCUUUGAUCUGGUCAUCUUCUUGUCUUAAUUUCCAAGGGCAUUUCUCGUUAUUUCUGAUCCAUUUGUCCACCAUGAAGCAGCGUUUCUCGUCUCUAGACGUCAAGGUCAUAGCAAGCGAACUUGCUGCAUCUUUAGACAGCCUUCGAGUCUCAAAUAUCUACGAUCUUUCUAGUCGAAUCUUCCUAUUCAAAUUUGCGAAACCUGGCAAGCGAGAACAACUGCUGGUAGACUGCGGGUUUCGAUGCCAUCUCACAUCCUUCUCGCGGACUGCGGCGACCACUCCAUCGGACUUUGUCAAAAGGUUGCGGAAACAUCUAAAGAGCAGACGAGUGACGGGCGUUGCGCAAAUCGGGACAGAUCGAGUCAUUGAGAUCAGCUUUAGUGAUGGGCAAUAUCGAAUGUUCCUGGAGUUUUUCGCCGCUGGCAACAUCAUCGUCACGGAUGCCGAGCUGAAUGUCCUGGCAUUGCAAAGACAGGUAAGCGAGGGCAAUGAAGAUGUUGAUGUCAAGCUAGGUGGGAAGUAUACUUUGGAGCCAAAGCAGAAUUACCACGGGAUACCUCCAGUCACACCUGAAAGAGUGAAAGAAUCUUUGGCAAAAGCUGCGGAGAGAAUGAGGAUUGCCAACGAAGUGGGAGGGAAAAAGGCAAAGAGAGCAAGAGGAGGGAAUGACCUGAGAAAAGCAUUAACGGCUGGAUUCCCUGAGUUCCCACCUCAUUUGCUGGAGCAUGUAUUCAAAGAGCUCGGUAUAGACGCUGGCUUAAAGGUGGAAGAUGUCUUGGAGAGGCCCGAGAUCUUGGAGCAAAUUCUCAAAGCUCUCGAACGCGCCAAGGAAAUUUUCGACACAUUUGAUGCCGGUCAAUCCAAAGGGUAUAUUGUCGCAAAAACAAAGUCCUCCGAUGUUGGCAAAUUGGAAGGGCAAGUUCCAAGUCGAGAAAACCUUCUGUACGACGAUUUUCAUCCUUUUCGACCACUUCAGUUCGAGGGGAAGCCCGGAAUCGUCAUUCUUGAAUUCGAAGGUUUCAAUCGUACAGUCGAUGAAUUCUUCUCCUCAAUAGAAUCUCAAAAGCUGGAGUCUCGAUUAACAGAACAUGAGGAGACUGCCAAAAAGAAGUUGCAAUAUGCAAAGACCGAACACGAGAAACGGAUAGGAGCACUUCAACAACAACAGGAACUCCACGUUCGAAAAGCCCAGACCAUCGAAGCGAACACUCAUCGUGUGGAAGAAGCCUGUGCAGCGGUUAACGGCCUGAUCGGGCAGGGAAUGGAUUGGGUCGAUAUCGGGAAACUGAUAGAAAAUGAACAGAAGCGGGGCAAUGUAGUCGCACAAAUGAUCAGGCUACCCUUAAAGCUUGAGGAGAACACUGUAACGCUGCUACUCAAUGAGCCCGGAUUCAAUGAAGAGGAGGAGAGUGAUGAAGAGGAUAGGACUGAUGAUGAGGAAGACUCCGAUGAAGAAGCCACCGAGGCCACGAACAAGGCUACUUCUGACAAACGACUUUCAAUAGACAUUGACCUUGGCCUUUCACCUUGGGCCAAUGCAAGACAAUACUACGAUCAGAAGAAGACGGCAGCCGUCAAAGAGAAGAAGACCAUCGAGUCGUCCGCCAAGGCCCUUCAAUCUGCGGAGAAGAAGAUCGAACGGGACCUCAAGAAGGGUCUCAAACAGGAGACUGCUACCCUCAGGGUUGCUCGUAAGCAGUUCUGGUUUGAGAAAUUCUGGUUCUUCAUUUCCAGUGACGGAUACCUCGUGAUUGGCGGAAAGGAUGCCCAACAGAAUGAACUGCUAUACAGAAGAUAUCUGAAGAAAGGUGACAUCUAUGUCCAUGCUGAUCUUCAGGGUGCAUCCAGUGUCAUUGUCAAAAACAACCCCAAAACACCUGACGCGCCGAUUCCCCCUUCUACGCUCUCCCAGGCAGGCUCUUUGACAGUCUGUACAAGCAGUGCCUGGGAUUCUAAAGCUGUAAUGGGUGCAUGGUGGGUGAACUCUGAUCAAGUAAGCAAGACCGCUCCGACUGGUGAGUAUCUGACAACCGGCGGCUUCAUGAUUAGAGGGCGAAAGAACCUCCUACCGCCAAGUCAACUUCUGUUGGGAUUCGGGCUGAUGUGGCUGAUCAGCGAGGAGAGUCGGGGCAAUCAUGGGAAGCAUCGGUUGGAGAGAAGUGAGAGCAUGCUAUCAGGUGAAGCUGAGGCUUUGGCUGCUGAUGCUCAGGGAUUGACUCUAGAGGAUGAUCACGAUGACGGUGAAGAUGAUGAUUCUGAUGACACGGAUGAGGACGCGGUCCCUGAUCUUGAGGAUGCCGCUGGAAAAGGAGAGGACGAAGCGAAACAGGAUUCCCAGGCUGUUGAUGGCGUUGAUGAAGGGGUCAACGCCGAAGACCAUGGGUCCGUGGCUGGGUCCGAGCCAGAUGAACAACGAAGCAACCCAUUGCAGAUGAACAACAGUGACAAUCGUUCGCCAGAUUCCAUGCACGGGGCCAAGGCAGAUCCAGAAGUGAAAAUUGAAGUCGAUGACGGUGACCAGGGAGAAAUUGAUCCCAAUGAAGAAGACCCAGAAGACAAUUCAGAAGAUGCUCAUUCUCCCCAGGCCCAUGGGCCCACGUCUUCGCAGGCUCAGCCAACACCGAAGCAGAAGCCACUAUCCCGAGGCAAACGUAGCAAAGCCAAAAGAGCUCAAAAGAAGUAUGCCGAACAAGAUGAGGAAGACCGCGAGCUGGCCAUGCAGCUUCUUGGUUCCAAUCGCGGCCAAGAUCGGAAGAAAGCUGCUGAGGAAGAGAAAGCUGCUCGCGAGGCGAAAGCUCAGGCAGACAGGGAACGACGGAAAGCACAGCAUGCCAAAGCCGCAGAACGAGAACGGCUGCGGUAUGAGAGGCUCGAAAAGGCAGCCGCUCAGGGAGGCAUGAAUCUGGAUGAAGACGAUGAGUUGAGCAAAGAACAAAUGGAGCAGGAGCGGCGGGAGCUACUGGACAUUGACCGACUCGUGCCGUUUCCUCAACCGGGCGAUGAACUCAUCGCAGCGAUUCCAGUAGUAGCACCUUGGACGGCCAUGCCCAGGUACAAAUACAAGAUCAAAUUACAGCCUGGGAGUCUGAAGAAAGGGAAAGCUGUUCGAGAGAUUCUGGGGUUCUGGUCGACGUUGGAUAAAAAGGGCCCUAAAGUGGUGGACGAGGCCAGCAAAGACAAAGAGCGUGUCUGGCGACGAGAGUUGGAUCUGAUGAAGGAUUUGAGAGUCGAAGAAGUCGUUGGAUAUGUCCCCGUCAAAGGAUGCAGAAUCGUUCAAGGUGGUGGGAUCGGAGGCGGCCUUGGGGGAGGCAAUGCCGGGUCAAAGGGUAAAGGUAGUGCCGGAGGGAGAGGAAAAGGCGGCGGAGGGAAGAAGGGGAGAUGAGAGACAUACAACCCCAGAAAAUAGAUGAACUAGACGAUAUUGGACAGGUGGAUGGACUCUUGAACAUGGAAGAGAUGAGCCCCCAUCUCUGACAUUAUGCCCGAGCAUUAUCCUAAUUGUAUCUUCGUUGACUAUAGAUUUGACGCUCAAAGCCAC